AGUUCCAGAGUGCUUCAUGAACAGGGCCAUCUUUGGUCGUCCUCGCCGGUGACAGUGUGGACAGUAUUUUCCACUGGUCAUUUUUGCCUCAUGGUUAAUAAAUAAUAUCACACAUUUGAACGGAGCCGCUUGCAGCACUCGGGCAGAGGACGGGAGUGAAUUCCCCGGUUUGUGGACGCACCGGCUCUUUCGUUCUGUCUUUCGAUAUCCUUCAUUUCUCCAGGCGUAAAGAGGGCGAGGAAGGGAGAGGCGCUGCUGAGACAACAUGGAUGAGGAAUAUGAUGUGAUCGUUCUGGGCACCGGACUCACAGAAUGCAUUCUGUCGGGGAUCAUGUCUGUGAAUGGGAAAAAGGUUCUGCACAUGGACAGGAACCCAUACUACGGUGGGGAGAGCUCUUCCAUCACCCCCCUGGAAGAGCUGUACAAGCGCUUCAAUCUAGGAGACAGUUCACCUGAGUCAAUGGGCAGAGGAAGAGACUGGAACGUCGACCUCAUCCCCAAGUUCCUCAUGGCCAAUGGUCAGCUUGUGAAGAUGCUGCUAUAUACAGAAGUGACACGGUACCUUGACUUUAAAGUAGUGGAGGGAAGCUUUGUCUACAAAGGUGGAAAGAUCUACAAGGUGCCAUCAACUGAGACCGAGGCCCUAGCUUCAAAUCUGAUGGGGAUGUUCGAAAAGCGAAGGUUUCGUAAGUUCCUAGUCUUUGUGGCCAAUUUCGAUGAGAAGGACCCCAAGACCUUCGAAGGCGUGGACCCCAAAACCACAACCAUGAGAGAUGUUUACAAGAAGUUUGACCUUGGCCAGGAUGUCAUUGACUUCACGGGCCACGCCCUGGCCCUCUACAGGACAGAUGACUACCUUGAUGCUCCCUGUUUGGAUACAAUCAACCGUAUCAAGCUCUACAGUGAGUCACUGGCACGAUAUGGGAAGAGCCCCUACCUUUACCCCCUGUAUGGUCUGGGAGAACUGCCACAGGGCUUUGCCAGGUUGAGUGCGAUCUAUGGAGGAACCUACAUGUUAAACAAACCAGUGGAUGAGAUAGUGAUGGAAGGUGGACGUGUGAUUGGAGUGAAGUCUGAGGGCGAGGUGGCACGUUGUAAACAGGUCAUCUGCGACCCCAGCUACAUCCAGGAUCGUGUCCGCAAGGCAGGUCAGGUGAUCCGUGUGAUCUGCAUCCUCAGCCACCCCAUCAAAAACACUAAUGACGCCAACUCUUGCCAGAUCAUCAUCCCUCAAAAUCAGGUCAACCGCAACUCAGACAUCUACGUGUGCAUGAUCUCCUAUGCUCACAAUGUGGCAGCCCAGGGUAAAUACACCGCCAUUAUCAGCACCACAGUGGAGACCAGUGACCCCGAGGCUGAGAUCGAACCAGCUCUGGAGCUGCUGGAGCCCAUUGACCAAAAGUUUGUGGCUAUUAGUGACCUUUAUGAGCCUAUAGAUGAUGGUACUGAAAGUCAGAUUUUCACCUCAAGGUCCUACGAUGCCACCACUCAUUUUGAGACGACUUGCAAUGACAUCAAGGACAUCUACAAAUGUAUGACUGGCAGCGACUUUGACUUUGAGAACAUGAAACGCAAACAGAACGAUGUGUUUGGGGAAGAUGAGCAGUAAGGGGUAGGGGGGCUUCUUGGGAGAGGGCAGUAGUGGGAGAGGAGAUGGGGCAAAAGAAAAAGGGGGUGAAACAGGUGGCAGAGCCUGGUGCAGGGGUGUUACUGUCAAGCAGUGCUUUAAAAACAAAAACGGGUGGGGUAAAAUUAAAAAAAAAGAAAAAAAAAAGUGGAAAGGGUGUGUUCUGGGCUUCGGCUGUCCUCAGCCAUUUGCCUCCUUUUCUCUGUGUCCCUCUCUCUCUUCACACACAUUCAAACACAUAAAGCUCACAGACACACACACACACACUGUUCAAAUACUCACAACUCUGUAUCUCUGUCACUGAAAAGCAGGGUUGAUAUGGUCUCUCAUUCCAUUGUAGAAUUUACAGUAUAACCAUGUCUUAACUAUUAUAAUUAGAGGUGAAUUUGUUACAUGUUGUUGGCCAUUUUCAAAGCAUUUCAUUCUUUUCGGUAACGUCUUACUCCUCUUAUCAGAGGCUGUGGCAGAAGGAAAGUGUGAAGUGUGAGCUCCGACGUGACGAGCUCCGUCAUGGCUUAGUGUAGAAUCCUCUGGAAAGGUCACCUCCAGUUGACAUGCAUGCAUCUUUUACACAUGGUAGUAUUGUACAUAGACUCAAAUGACACUGCGAUAUGAAGGCUGGACCAUUCCACGCAUCGCUCCUGUCAACCCUGCUUUCACUUUUCUCUUUCUUGGUCUUUUACCUGUGUCACUUCAAUAGACGCUGCUCUUUUUUGGUAAAAUCUGUUGGUUGGGCAAAAAAACAAACAAAAAAAAAAAAGUGACAAAAAGUUAAAUAUAAAUGGGCUGUUCUGUCACAUGAUAGUGCUCACUUUGCUAUGCUGUUGUGUUCCCUGUGCUAUAGCAGGCAAGCUAACCGGUGGCUAUUCAUUUUAAACCGUUCCCUUUCCUCCACCAUCACCUCUCCCAAAAAAACCUGUUCCUUUUGUUCACGUCGUCUUAUGUCACUUUUGAUUUUGAAUAGUUUACUUUCUAACAUCUUAAAUUAUUAAAAGAGAUUUUAUUUCUAUAUAUAUAUAUAUACAUAUAUAUAUAUAUGGUGCACAUUUCA